CAUCCCGACACCUCUCCAGUCCCGCCUGGUGUCGUUGCAAGCACGCGAUGACGGUAACACCCGAGCCAGCUGGGUGUUGGCGAUACUACGAUGAAAUUGAACGCACGAAAAUUCGCGGGAGAGCCACCUCUACGAAUGCUGGGAAGGGAUGUCUGUCCUAAAUGCUACCUCGCGGCCCGCGACGUGCCUGAAGGGUUUCAACAGCUCGUGGUCGAACUCUGCAAUCUCAGAGGUUUACUUGCUUUUAUCCGUCAUAAGAAAAAAGGAACUGGAUUGGAAGCCGAGAGAUGCGGGAUGGAUGGCAUCAGCCAUGAGACGAUGGUGGCGGCCAUCCGUACGCUCGACCAGUUGGACGAGAAGAUUACACGGUACCACGACUGCGCCGCGAAUGGAACAAACCCGCAAUUCGGGAGUCGCAUGGAGUGGAACACGAUGCAGAUGGAGAUUCGGGAGUUACGCGACAGACUACAAGACGGUAAUCAGGAGCUCGCCGUUUUCGAGAACGGGAUCGAGAGGAUCUUUGUCGCGGUCGCUACAAUACACAGACUCUGCACGGAUCUAUGUUGCGACGAUUAUACUGAAGAACAUGUCGACUGCUCGUGGUCAAGCACCAACACCUCCUCAUACGCGUUCUCUUCGGCCUCUUCCGACGAUUUCCCCUGGGAUCGCUCGUCAUCGUUCAUAUUCACCGAAAGCUCUCGCGCCACGAAGUCGCGGCUCGGAUCGAUCGAGGAGGAAUCGCCGUUGUCUCUAGCAGGGUGUUUCGGGGACCUGGGGCGGCCACAUAUACUGUCUCUCGAGGAGGAAGUGGUGACGAACGGCAUGGUCAAGCAGUUGCAGUUAGCAGGGACCCCCGUGUCGCUGUACUGUAAGCCGCCUCAUCCAAGCUGGAAAGUUCCGCGGGAUGCCGCUUUACGGUUCACGUUUUUGUCGAGGACGGAAUAUCCGAAGACUUCGACAGAUUGGCUACGGUGUGCGGUUUGGUGGCUGUUGAAGUCGCGCAGUCCAGUCCUCAUUCAUCGCCGCUCCACCGACAGCACCAGUAUCUGCUCGUCGAUCGAUCCGAACAUGUCGCAUUAUCAGGCCUUUGUGGAUCUCCAGAAGGCAUCGUGGAUCGUCUUUGAUGUGAUACUCAGAGAUGCGGGAAUGCUACUCGUGGUGGUGGAGCAGGACCAGAGACUUCUCGAUGGACUCAUCAAUGCGUUUGAAUCCGAUUUCAGGCACCUCGAGCCAUUCCGACACCUCAUGGACGACGCGCGACCAACCAUCAACUACGGCAUAUGGGAGUAUUCCGAGCCGACGGCGAUUCGGUCGAGCGGCAUGGUUGAUACGCAGAGAUGGAUCGACAUUCGCGCUGAGGAUGCUGGCCAUACCGACGAAGUCGUCAUGUUCCGUGGUUUCGUAAACUUACGGAUCGGACGUCUACGAAAUGGAAGUACCGGUGCACCGUACCUGCUAGUCGUUUCCGGGUGUAUCGGCGAUAGUGAGCCCAGUAUCACACUGUGCAACCAGACCGGAACGCUGUAUCUUUCCCGAUACUUUGAGCGCCAGGAUUUGCAAUCCAUGCAAGGCGUGGAACUGGCAGGGAUGCUUAGGUGCAUACCCCUCAAAAUCUCUGGGGUAAUGGCAUUCGUCGAGUUCAUCCAACUCUCCGAUUACGAGGUCUUCCGUUCAAAGACAUCCAACUUCUUCGAUUCCGUUGUUGCGCGCAACCUCCGCGAUGGCGAGACCCGCGAACCGUUGUUUCGAGAAGUCCUGGAAUACGUCGAAGACCUACAAGAUCCCAGCAUCCUAUUGGAGACACGAGGGAAACAUCACUUCUGCGAGCUACGUGUGCUGGAGACCAGGGGGGAACGGGCAUAUGGAUGGCAGACAUCGCGGCGACUGGUGCUCACCAGUGCGCCGUAUGAGUCGUAUCCGUGGAGCAAAUCAUUCUUUCUUCCGAUGUCGAAUGUCCGCCUCGAACGAACGGGAUCUCGCGAUAUCGUCGCCAAAUGGUCGGAUAUCAGUCAUACCAUCACACGAACCCUCGGCGACUAUGUUCCAAGAACAAGCUAUGUUUAUGACGGAAGCUCUCCUACACGGUCGCUACGCUUUGUAUUUCGGUCGUCUACCGAUGCAACAAAAUUCGAGCAAAAAAUCCUGGGUAUCUCCAUCGAGCCGGAUUACACAUGGGUGCGGGACGACAGAAUGACGGCAAAGGUCUUCGCCCUACGAAACGAGAGGAAAUCCUCACAAUACAAACUUCUCCACCUCACCGAGCGCUCAGGGCCGGAGCAAAGCAGCCGCAUCUUCUAUAUUUCUCGGACAACCGACAUACAUAUUACCCCCACGAGUCUUCACUUACCGAACGUCCUCGAACCCGAUUACAUAUCGAACCACAUCGACUUAUUACAUGAAGCGACUACGGCAGUGGAGCUGGCUAGGUGCUCUCAGAAACCAGCGACGUUGACGCUCGAGCAUGCUUCACCCCUCCUUUCUGGGUUGACACCCAGAUGGCGUCUCCUCUCUACCGUGCACAUCCCCCACGUCGCUUUCCGCGAGGCGCAAAAGUCACGGUUCCGAUUCCUACACUCGCCGUCACCUAUCGCCGCGGGGACCGCCGAUUUAUCCUUAUGGCGGAGGUCCGAUCAGGCGCGACUACUCGUGCGCUGGAUCAAUCCUGUUUGUACCGAGCGAUGGAUCAGCGCGACUCUACCCGUCGGUGUGAAGGUGGUGGUGGAGGGAGGAACGGUAUUACUAGCACUAGAGGAGAUGACACAAGGAUCACAUUGGGACUUGGGCAGUGUCAGUGCGGUCGGGGGGGAGGGGGUGAAGGGAAUUGACAGGAUGGGAUGCGAGGUGGAGGUGGAGUUCGUGAAUGAGAACGACAGACAGGCUUUUUGCACGGCAAUACGGUCGCCAGAAAGGGCAAAACACGCUCGGUGACAUGGGAGGAUUUUGAUGUACACUAUGGUGUUCUGGAUAGAACGGAUGGCAGUCAAGUAACAUAGGAUGGAGUUUCGAAUGCAAAUGUCUUCACUG